CGCGAGUGUCGAAAUGAACGGCAGGUGUCGUGUAAAAACCUGAAGGGACACCACUCCGCCACUCAUCUCACAGCUGUUGAAAAAACAUUGCUUCCCAUUCGACGUGAAAAAGUUUGGGUAAUCUGCCGGCUUUUGUUUACAUUGUCACGCUCGCGGUGCCACAUCAAUAAUUGCGUCAGUUAGACUGUGAUGAGUCUGGUCCGUGCAUAGCUAAUCUUAAUCUAGCUGUGAUGGGGCUUCCUAAACUGUAUCAGUGGUUGCUAGGAGCUGGCUCAUUCAUGUCAGUGUGGCUAGCAUAUGUCGCAGGCUACUUCAAGGCUGACCUGAGUGACGGAAUGAAUGAGGUCAUCCUUGUUCUACCGCUGUACCUACUGAUGGUUUUUGCUUGUUUCUCGCUGGCGGUUGUUGGCUACAGAGUGACGACGUUUAACGACUGUGUGGAAGCAUCGGAGGAAUUAAAGCAGCAAGUAGCCGAGGCAAAAGCGGACUUGGAGGCAAAAGGUUUCAAAUACGCCUCAGACUGGAAAUGACCUCCUGCAAGCCUGAAUGGAUGAAUAUUGUCAAAGAAAGCAGAGUGUGAAUGUGAGAGAGGGGUGAUUACUCAUUCAGACCAAAGAUCUACAUCCGUCCGAUUACUUUUGUCAGAUAGAUGGACCAGUUGAACUCUUUAAGUUUAAGCCCUGAGUUUUUUUUCUACAGUCACCUAAACCUAGUGCACUAUGUCUCAUUAUAACCCCAAAAGCUUGCCU